GAAAGAAUAAGUAAAAAGUUGAAAGUUAUUUCUCAAGCAAAUCAGUUUGCGUGGAUUGAGCGUUUGGAUGUUACCAGUGAAAAGCCUGUACUCAUCCAAAACGUUGAAGAUGAUACCGAACGAGAAAACCAAUUUUAUCAACAGGGACUUCACGCCAUAAUUAUUGCUCGAAAGAAAAUUAUUGAAGCUGGGAUUGACUUUUCUCGGCCGAAAGAUUAUUUCGCUGAAAUGUUUAAGUCUGAUAUUCACAUGCAAAAAGUUCGUAAGAAAUUAAUAAAGGAAAGAGAGACCAUUGAGUUGUCGCAAAAGCUUAGAAAGCAACGAGAACUUAAGCAAUUCGCUAAAGCUGUGCAGCAAAAAACACUUGAAAGAAGGGCGCAAGAAAAAAAGGCUACUCUGAAUGCCAUUAGCAAAUUUAGGAAAGAGAGAAAACAAGUCUUUGAUAAUAACGUCGAUUUUGACGUUGCUGUCGAGAAAGAAAGAAAAAAUCAACUUAAAAAUCUUCAGUUUGGAGAAAAAAGAAAAUCAAACAAAAAAAGGUUAAGAAAAAACCAGAUAUAUGGAUUUGGAGGCCCAAAGAAACGGAUAAAAAAGAACGACGCUAAGUCCACGUGGGACGACGCAGCGUUUUCAACUAAAAGGAAUAGGAUGCCUUUUUCUGCGGUUAAUCGCAAGAAAAAAACGAUCAAAAAAGUUAAUAUGCGGCCCGGCAAGAAACGGCGUCUUCAAAUGAGAAGGAAAGUAAAGCGUUGA